AUGUGUCCCGAGCUGAGCUGGCUGCUCUUGCUGGCUGGCUUCGUUGGUGUCUGCACGCAGGAGUACUACGAGGAAAGGACAGUUGGGAAGAGAUCCAGGGUCAAAGGGCAUCCUGUGGCCUUUUCACAGAAACAUGAUGGACGAUCGGCCUUUCUGGAAGACGACUGUGGCCUGGAUUUGGUGCUCCUGGUGGACAGCUCGGAGAACGCCAAGGGCCACCACCAGCAGGAGAAGCAGUCGGCCAUGGCCAUUGUGGAGGGCUUGCGGAACAUCCGCCCAGAGACAGGCCACAGACUGAGCUGGCGAGUGGCCCUCCUGCAGUACAGCAGCCAUGUUGUGACUGAACAAACGCUGAAGCAAUGGAGGGGAAUGGACAGCUUUGAAAGCAGAAUCACCCCUAUGGUCUACAUAGGCCACGGCACCUACACCACCUACGCCAUUACCAACAUGACGAAAAUCUUCAUGGAGGAGUCCAGUCCAGAGAGAAUCAAGAUUGCACUGCUGUUCACGGACGGGGUGGCACACCCGAGGAACCCCGACAUCUUCUCUGCCACGGCUGAUGCCAAGAACCAGGGAGUGAGGUUCUUCACCAUCGGCAUUACCCACACCGCCAACGAGCCGGCCAACGUAGCCCAGCUGAGGCUGCUGGCCAGCACACCUACCUCACGCUUCCUCCACAGCCUGCUGGAUAUAAACGUCACGGAGAAGAUCCUCACUGAGAUUGCUCAGCUUGCUGAUGAAGGGUGUCCCAAGGUUGAGAAAUGCGCAUGUGAGAAGGGUGAGAAAGGACCUGUAGGCCCAGCUGGAAAGAAAGGUCGCCCAGGAGAGGAUGGAGCUCCUGGUCCCAAAGGUCAAAAGGGUGAGAGUGGGCUGAGUGGACUUUCUGGUCGUGAUGGCACAGAAGGGAAACCUGGCUACAAAGGAGAGAAGGGAGACCGAGGUGAAUGUGGCACACCGGGAAUCAAGGGUGAUAGGGGUCCAGAGGGUCCUGUUGGCACAAGAGGAAACAGAGGUUUGCAGGGUUUACCAGGACCACAGGGUGACAUUGGACCAGAAGGGUCACAGGGAAAGAAGGGUGAGCGUGGUCCACCUGGCCCUCCAGGCCUCCAGGGCGAAACAGGAUUUGGACUUCCUGGGCCAAAGGGUGAUGUGGGACAUCAGGGCAGACCAGGUCCUCCUGGCCCACCAGGAAUUGGAGAAUCAGGCCCCCCUGGACCUCAAGGUCCACAGGGUGUGCAGGGAGAGAAAGGACCACAGGGAGAAGGAUUUCCUGGACCUAAGGGUGACCGAGGACCCGAGGGGCCAAGGGGGCCAAGGGGACAGCCAGGCGUUGGAAUUAAAGGAGAGAAGGGUGAGUUUGGGCCUCCGGGUCCCACAGGUCCAGUAGGCCUCCCUGGGCUCGGCAUCCAGGGAGAGAAGGGUGUGGAAGGUCCAAGGGGGCCUCCAGGAAACAGAGGCCCCCCAGGAGAGGGCCUUCCUGGACCAAAGGGUGACCAAGGAUUACCAGGAGAGAUUGGCAGCCCAGGAGAGAGAGGGAUCGGAGAGCCAGGACCAAAGGGUGAGCCAGGUGCGUCAGGACUGGCAGGCUUACCUGGGCUUCCCGGAGAAGAUGGUGCUCCAGGCCAAAAGGGUGAGCCUGGCAUACCAGGACUGAGGGGACCAGAAGGAGCAGCAGGAAUUGGCACACAAGGAGAAAAAGGAGACCAAGGUCAGCGUGGUGUCAGAGGAUUACCAGGCCCACCUGGAAUUUCCGGUCCCUCUGGGGCCAAGGGAGAACCUGGAAUGCCAGGGCGACUAGGCAUGCCAGGACUUCCUGGGCGUGCUAUCGCAGGACCGAAGGGUGAUUUUGGACCUCCUGGUCCUCCUGGGCCAAUUGGGGAAACAGGCUAUGGGCUGCCAGGUCCAAAGGGUGAACGUGGCAGUCCAGGGCCUCCUGGUCCUUUUGGGCCAAAAGGUGAAGGAUUUCCAGGACCAGCGGGUCCUGCCGGUCUCCCAGGUCUUCCAGGUGAUCCCGGGCCAGAGGGAAUCGGUUUCCCUGGACCAAAGGGCAACGUCGGCUUCAGAGGGUUACCUGGUCUGCCAGGCCCACCAGGUGAAGGGCUGCCAGGACCACCAGGCAACACAGGAAGAUCAGGGCUGCCAGGACCAGCUGGGCCCCCAGGAGAGGGAAUUCAAGGACCUAAAGGAGACCAGGGGCCUCCAGGUGUCACUGGACCAAGGGGACCAUCAGGGGAGGGACUCCCAGGUGCUAAGGGAGAUAGGGGUCAGCAGGGAGAAAGAGGAAUGAAGGGAGUCAAGGGUGACAUGGGUGAUUCAGGGGAAUCCGGGCAACCUGGAAGACCUGGAACAAAAGGAGAAAUGGGCCUCACUAGAGAAGACAUCAUUAAACUAAUCAAAGAGAUUUGCGGAUGUGGCAUCAAGUGUAAGGAGAGGCCUAUGGAGUUAGUGUUUGUGAUUGACAGCUCAGAAAGUGUGGGCCCUGAGAACUUUGAGAUCAUAAAGGACUUUGUCACAGCGCUGGUGGAUCGCGUCACCGUAGGCCGCAACGCCACCCGGAUUGGCCUCGUCCUCUACAGCCUGGACGUGCACCUGGAGUUCAACCUGGCACGCUACAUGACCAAGCAGGAUGUCAAGCAGGCCAUCAGGAAGAUGCCCUACAUGGGUGAAGGGACCUACACAGGCACUGCCAUCCGCAAGGCCACGCAGGAAGCUUUCUACAGCGCCCGCAGUGGCGUCCGCAAAGUGGCCAUCGUCAUCACUGAUGGGCAGACGGAUAAGAGAGAACCUCUGAAGCUGGACAUCGCUGUACGCGAGGCCCAUGCUGCUAAUAUUGAGAUGUAUGCUCUUGGCAUCGUCAACACAUCGGACCCCACUCAGGUUGAGUUCCUUAAGGAACUUAACCUCAUUGCUUCUGACCCAGACAGCGAACACAUGUUCCUCAUUGAUGACUUUAACACCUUGCCUGCUUUGGAAUCUAAGCUUGUAAGCCAGUUUUGUGAGGAUGAGAACGGAGCACUCAUCUACAACCGUAUCACCAAUGGUGUCAACGGGCACAAUGGAUACAAAUAUAACGGCUUUCAUAACCAUGCAGAUGUCUUUUAUGGGAAUAAUGGUUAUGGAAAUGGACACCAGAAAGAGCUGGAAAGAACCCAGGCUAACAGUCAGAGCCAUGUCAGAAGCAGAGGAGACACAUUCCCGUUACCAAUCGAUCCUGCUCCUCUUAAUACUCGGGUUGUGGUGGAGGAAGACUACUAUGAAGGACAGGAUUUAGACGUAAGGUCUCGUGUACAAGUGGGCAACAAAGUAACUGUUGUCAAUAAAACGCCUGUCCCACCUGUAAAGCCUGUGGAUGAGGGCAUCAAAAGUCCUACCUCCCAUGUGUCAACAUCAUCACUACCAUCAUCAUCAUCAUCAUCAUCAUCAUCAUCUUCAUCAUCUUCGUUCUCCUCCUCAUCAGGAACCAUCACAUCUACUUCAGUUUCCCAUCCUGUUAUAAUCAAAGUUCCUCUGGAGCCGCGCUGCUCCCUGAACUUAAGCCAGGGCUCCUGCAGAACCUACGUUAUUCGCUGGUACUAUGACAAACAGGCAAACGCCUGUGCGCAGUUCUGGUACGGUGGCUGUGAUGGCAACAAUAACCGCUUUGACUCAGAAGCUGACUGCAAGAAAACUUGUGUUCUCACAAGUACAGUGAGCUAAAAUGGAUAACAAAAUUAUACAUAAUUUUUUAUGCCAUGCUAAAGAAGUAGUUCAUGUGAUGCUCACCGAAUCAAAGUAAUCAUCUGCAUUCUCAAGUAAAGAGAACAAUAUCAUUAUUUCAGCAAGUACAGAAAAUGUUGGUUCCUUAACAAAAGAAAAUAAAUCAUGAAAGGACAGACUACAAUGCUGACAUGUUAUUUUUAAAUAUACCUACCAGCGCUACCAGCGCAUCCGAAGAUAUACCUCAUGCACAUCUUUUUCUUGAUGCCCAGUACUGGUUUUCUGCACUGUAUUUUUACGUUCUGUCAAUGUUUACCUUGUAUAAAUAUUAAGAUAUGUUUUCAUAUGUAACACACAGUACAGGUAAAAUGCCACACAUUAUGACCUAAAACAUCAUGGAACUCCUGUAUAGUAUAGUCAUUAUGAUAAAUCUAAUGCUUAAUUCACUUAAUAAUGGAUUAAGUAAUUUGAUUACACUCUUACUUUUGAAUUGUUCAGUAUCGGUCAAUUGAAACAUCUUAUUGUAACUAUGAUU